AUGACUAAACUAGAAUAUGUAAGCUCUUCUCUCGGCCCAAGCCCAGACUUGGGUGAUCUUGACGACACUCUUCACGAGAACGAGUGGUACCGUCAGGACUUUGGCGAUUUUACGAUAUCCGAAGCGCCCAUCUAUGACAAACGCCCCAUCCGCGUCAUCUGCGUUGGUGCUGGAGCCACUGGGCUGCAGCUUGCAUACAAGGCUGAGCGACUGUUGGAGAAUAUUACAAUCCAGAUCUACGACAAGAACAAGGAUAUUGGUGGCACGUGGCUUGAGAACAGAUAUCCAGGCUGUACAUGCGAUAUUCCAAGCCACAGCUACCAAUUCACGUGGGCCAAAAACCCAUGCUGGUCUCAUUUUUACUCGGGCAGUGCCGAGAUCUGGCAGUACUUCAAAGACGUCGCUACUAAGUACAACUUGGAGCGAUACGUCAAGUUGGAGCACCAGGUCUUGACAGCCAAAUGGACCGAGGAGCAGGGUGUCUGGGAACUCACUAUAAAAUCUCCCACAGGAGCUAUCAUUGAGGACAAAUGCGAGAUCCUAGUCAACGGCACGGGUGUUCUCAAUAACUGGAAGUAUCCCAGCAUUCCGGGUCUCUCUUCAUUCAAAGGAAAGCUGAUGCAUAGCUCAAAUUGGGAUUCUGACUAUGACCUUACCGGCAAGACUGUCGCAGUGCUCGGGGGCGGUUCUUCUGCCAUUCAAGUCAUUCCAAACAUUCAACCAGUUGUUAAGAAAUUGAUUCCCUUCCUACGGUCGCCUGUGUGGGUCACCACUGGCUUCGGCGCCCGAUAUGCUGGUCCUGGAGGAAGCAAUUAUGAAUAUUCUGCCGAGCAGAUCCAGUCUUUCAAGGACGAUCCAAAACUCUAUGAUAAGUAUUGUCGGAGUGUCGAAGGAGAGCUUAACAAGAGAUUCACGCUGAAUCACCUCCACAGCAUGGACCAGAAGCGAUCACGAGAGUUUGUGGAGAAUAUGAUGAAAGAGCAGCUCGGUCAUAACGAGAAACUCUCGGGGCAUCUCAUCCCUGAAUUCGCCCUCGGCUGUCGACGCAUGACUCCCGGUUCUGGAUAUCUCCAAAGUCUUAUCAAGGGUAACGUCGACGUUGUGACUUCAGGUGCUGUCAAGUUCACAGAGAAUGGAGUUGUUGAUGAAGCCGGAAAUGAGCAUACCGUCGAUGUCAUCAUCUGCUCUACAGGAUUCGAUACUUCUUUUGCUCCUCCCUAUGAGUGUAUCGGCCGAAAUGGGCGAAAUCUGAGGGAGAAGUUUGCUGAUUUCCCUAGAGGUUACUUUUCUACUACUGUGGAUGAGUUCCCCAACUUAUUCCGUAAGUUUCCACGUACGUUACCGCCUCCAGGUGUUAAUAAAUACGCCACAGUCUUCAUUGGGCCCAAUGGCCCGGCCAGUCAUUCGUCACUGUUACCCAUCUUGGAGUGGCAUACUCGCUAUCUAUUCAAGAUGAUCAACAAACUCCAGCGCGAGAACAUCAAGUGUUUCGACCCCAAGCCCGAAUGUGUCGAAGAGUUUGCCCAAUAUACCCAUACCAUGAUGAAACGUCUAGUCUGGUCCUCCGCUUGUCGAUCAUGGUUCAAGAACGGCAAAGCUCACGGCCCUGUCACGGCAAUCUGGCCAGGGAGUCGGCUGCAUUACUUUGAAUCAUUGGACGAACCGAGAUUUGAGGACUACUUUAUUACAUACAGGUCGAAGAAUCGCUACCAGUAUCUCGGCAAUGGCUAUACACAAGAGGAGAUCAAGUCAGAUGGAAAUCCUGUGUGGUACUUUGACGACCCAUUCUGCAAAGUCUAG